AUGCCACCAAUUUUAAUUAUAUUUAUUAGUUUUACUACUAUUUCUUUUCAAUCUAUACAUGGCAUGAUAAUUGGCGAAUGUAAAGUACCAAAUCAAUGGAACACAUGGUUAAAUGUUCAUCGUCCAACAGUAAAUGGUGAAUUCGAACUAGUACUACAUUAUCAGAAAAUCUUUGCUGGUCAACCUUUUGUAUGUUUGAAACCAACAGGAUUAGAAGUUAAAACAGUUGAUGGCCGAGAACCAGCUGAUACAGGCGAUACAUUUCGUUUUACACUAAAUGAUGGUUUUCUUUGUAUUAAUCAAAUAAUUGUUCCAAAAGGAAAAAAUUGUACCGAUUAUAAACUAAAAUUUUGUUGUCCACCAAAAUAA